UAUAAAUUGUGUAGUAUCCUAUAUUCUGUAGCUGAAACUGCUGGAAUCUCCGCAACAAUCAAAUCUCUUUGCAAAGGGAAAAGCCAAAGGGCAAUGGCGGGAGGAGGAGAGGAUCUGCCGAGGGAUGCAAAGAUUGUCAAGUCACUGCUCAAAUCAAUGGGCGUUGAGGAAUAUGAACCUCGCGUUAUCCAUCAGUUUCUUGAGCUAUGGUAUCGCUAUGUGGUGGAUGUGUUGUCAGAUGCACAGGUUUACUGUGAGCAUGCCGGCAAGCAAACCAUCGAUUGCGAUGAUGUGAAGCUUGCUAUUCAAUCCAAAGUCAAUUUCAGCUUCUCACAACCUCCGCCAAGAGAGGUGCUUUUGGAAUUGGCAAGAAAUAGGAACAAAGUUCCAUUGCCGAAGGCAAUACCAGGUCCUGGAAUUCCCCUUCCUCCUGAGCAUGAUACAUUGAUAAGCACGAACUACCAAUUUGCUAUCCCUAAGAAGCAAUCGACUCCAGCAAUGGAAGAGACUGAAGACGAUGAAGAAAGUGUUAAACCGAAUUCGUCGCAAGAGCAGAAAACCGAUGUGGCACACCCAACAUCUCUCAGAGUAUCGUUUCCUCUCACUAAGCCCCCAAGUAGGGAUGGCAAACGGGUACAGUUUCGUUGAUUCCGCACCGCAUCCGCUCUAAUUGGAGCGGG